GUCAUAAAUCCGAUCGAGAAUUGUGUUAGUGUGAGGAAAGUUUGGUUUUGGCUAAAUGUAAUGUUCCUAUAACAUAAGUUUAUGCCUUCCCUAUUUUCAAGGCUUUCAAGAAGUCCAAGUUCUUUUUAUUUCAGUUUGCACAUAACCAUUCGCAUAAAGUUCUUAGCAUUAUAGUUGUGGCCCUUUAAUGUUGUCUGCUUUGGGAUAAAUGAAGGUCAAUACUAUGCAUUUCUACCUCUGAAUGUGUCACGUCACAAAACAUUAUUCGGUGUAAAGAAGUCCAAAAUGGAUGGGCUGGGGAAUGUGGGCCCUUAAAGGACCCUUAAACUGUGUCUUGCGGCUUUAGCUCUGUGUUGGUCCCUUCGAGGUGGAUGACCAUCCUUGUUGUGUGGGCUUUAAAGCCUCAGCUCUUGGUUCUAUCAUGGCAAAGCUUUAAGCUUUUGUUUUGUCCUCUGUGACAUCAGCGGCCUGUGCUCUAAUCUCAUGGGCUUUAGCUUGCCUGUGCUCUCUGGGGCUCCUAGCGGUUGCCGGGGUGACGGGCGGCAACAGCGCCUGCUAAGUGGCUGGAGUGAAAGAGUUACAAUGACUGGGUUGCAUGCCUGCUAGACCUCCUGCUGCAUACAAACACACAUGGGGUGGGUACGCUGAACAGGGCUCCGCUGGUUUCAGGUUGCCAGUAGUAGGAUCAUUUAUUACAGGAGAUGGCUUGAGUUGAAAAUACACAUCUGGUUAAACCUACACGUUUCUAAUGCUUUGUUUGUUAGUCAGCCUGGUGUCUGGUGUGUUGUUGCUUAUAAUAGAGGAGUGUGAGGAUGCCCUACCUCGACUCUCAGACAGGUGUCGCCCAAAGCAACUGCUACUUCUGGAUGGAGAAAAGGCACAGAGGACCAGGUGGGACACACAGCUCAGUGGUAUGGCUCCAGGUCAAUUGUACACAUACCCAGCACGCCGCUGGAGAAAGAAGAGGAGAGCUCAGCCUACAGAGGACCCUCAGCUGGCUUUCUCUUCUGUUAAGUCCGAGCUGGAUCUGGGACUUAAGAAGGAGGUUUUCUCCAGUGAUGGCAGCAGCUUAGAGGCCCUUCUGAAGGGAGAGCCGAUAGAUAAGAGAUCCGGAUUGGAGCUCCGCUCAGGGGAGGAGGAAUCCAGCUCAACGGAGUACUCCACUGGGGGACUAAACCCCACUGCCAGGGUCCGCAAGAGAAUUUUGGAACCAGAUGAUUUUUUAGAUGAUCUGGAUGAUGAGGAUUAUGAAGAAGAUACUCCGAAGAGACGGGGAAAAGGCAAAGGCAAGGGCCGUGGUGUUAGCAGUGCCCGGAAGAAGUUAGAAGCAGCAGCCGCGUUGGAGGAUCGAGACAAACCGUACUCCUGUGAUAACACUUUCAAACAAAAGCAUAUUUCAAAAUCUUCCGAAAGAGUUUGUGGAAAGCGCUAUAAGAACAGGCCUGGUCUCAGUUAUCAUUAUGCACACUCUCACUUGGCUGAAGAAGAGGGGGAGGAGAAAGAGGAGAUGGACAUUCGGGAACCGACUCCGCCCCAGCAAGACGAACCGAAGACUCCUAAGAAAGGCCCAGAUGGUUUGGCUCUACCAAACAACUACUGUGAUUUCUGUUUGGGAGAUUCUAACAUGAACCAGAAAACCGGCCAAUCAGAGGAGCUUGUGUCCUGCUCCGACUGUGGUCGUUCUGGUCACCCCUCAUGUCUGCAGUUCACUGCUGUGAUGAUGGCUGCUGUAAAAACAUAUCGCUGGCAGUGCAUCGAAUGCAAAUGCUGUAACGUGUGUGGAACAUCAGAAAAUGAUGACCAGCUGUUGUUCUGUGAUGACUGUGACCGAGGUUACCACAUGUACUGCCUCUCGCCCCCUAUGUCUGAGCCUCCUGAAGGAAGUUGGAGUUGUCAUCUAUGUUUGGACCUCCUGAAAGAGAAAGCCUCUAUAUACCAGAAUCAGAAUGCACCCCCCUCGUGAUGAUCUGUUUGGAAAGACCCUUUCAUUCACAGUUCCUUCUCACACUUGCUCGCUCAAUUAAGCAUAAUGGGGUUGAACAGACGUUUUUGGGGGAAUGGAAAAGGAACACCAACCUCGACCAUCUUUAUAGCUACAAACAGAGGGAGAGAAAAAGAGAGUGAGAGAGGAAAAUAUUUAUUUUUUCCUGCGUCACAUCUCGGUAGGUUUGAUCCCAGUAUGACUGUUGCACAGUUCCAAGUUUCAAACUACCCCUGCUCUUUGUUUUCAACUAUUAGACCCCCCAAAAUAAAUAAAUAUACAGGAUUAUAUCUAUUCACCUGAAUUUUGUCCCUUUUAGAAGUACAUACUUGGAGGAAGUCACUAUGAGAAUAUAGGACUCUGUUUUUGAGUUUCUGUUCAUAUUAGACCUAUUUCUGCAAAAACAUGAUUAAACCGCAGCUUAUAUCAGCCAAAAUAACUAUCAUAAUAACUGUCAUACUCGCAAUACUCAAUGUACCGACAUUCUCACAGAGGAAUAGUUGAAACCAAUCAGCAUGCCAAUGCUUGUUCAUAAUAAGCAAAAUAAUAACGAACGUGUUUUGUAUAUUUAUAUAUUUGUAUAGCAUAUAAAGGUGGGUUGUAUUUAAGAUCUAUAAACUUAAACUAUAGAAAUGAUUCAAUAUAAUGGGAUUUGCUUGGGGAUUUGUUUCUUAAUAGCCUCUAAUCUGCACUAGCCACUGAAAUACUGAAUCUAGGGGUCAGUGCGUGAGCUCUAGUACUAAAUGGGUUAAUGGUACAGGUAAAGGUAGUGACUCAAAUUGUUUUUUUUAGUUUUUAAAUUUUUUAUUAUUUUAGGAUACGCUUACAAUGUUCAGAGACUGCUUCGAACAGGCAACCAACUAUUAAAAUGUAUUUAUUUGUAAGGACAUUAUUAGAACAGUGCAGUCCAGAGCAGAUUAAAAGUGCAGUAUGUUCAUGGUGUGAGGAAUCUUACCGACUAAACAUUCUAUGCCAUAAUUUUCAUGUUUACUGUCAUGACAUUUCCAUGAUUACAGCCAAACGUGCAUUUCACUUAUAUUUAUUCAUUUUCAAAUAAAAUUGAAUUGCCAAUCGCCAGUUUGUAGAGAACAGCGAGCAAUAAAUCAUUGUAGAUUAGGAUUGUAUCUCAUAAAGGCAAAUGCAUGACCUACUGGAUUCACUCAAAAUCUGAAAACUCUCCCCCAAACUAAAGCUCUUCUUUGGUUAACGCCUUGUAUGUUUUAGACGGAUUUAUGUAUUUUCCACAUUAACAAAAUACACAUGACUUUGUGAGCAUCGCAUGCAAAGUUGUGUGGUAAAUUCCAUUCAUUAUGCUUUAUUUUUGAGUCUUCCUUACAGAAAAAGCGCAUAAAUUGCACGUUUUUCACAUGUGAUCACAUAAUCACAUGACAUUUAAGUGCUUGUGUGUGUGUGUUGGCUUCUUUAAUCUGAGGUUUUGUGAGAUUUUUGUUCAAAACAGAUGUGUCAUUCAACUUUGAAGCAAAUGCAAUAGCCAUCCCUUUUCUUUAAAUAACUUUAGGCCUUAUAAUAUGGGAUUAUCUCUGGAGAGGACAAACAGGUUUUUUGAUCAGGAUUUAUCAAUAUGUGCUAAAGGCAAAUAUAUGACCUGUCCUGUAGCAAACUAGCCCAAACAUCCUUUUGUUUAAAGAAUUAAUCCUCUGUGGUCCAUCUAACUGUCUCCUUCAGCCCUGUUUUGAUAUUACAGAUAUUAUUAUAUUAAUUGAUAUUAAUUCUGUGUUCUCUGUAAGUCUUCACGUCCACAACGGUUCAGGUUUAUAUCCAAUACUAGAAAUGGCUACAUUAUUGCUCACAGCACUCAUAACAUGUACAGUAUCUUUUGUUUUGAUUUAUUUUACAUUCUCAGUUAAGUAGUUGCAUGUUUAAUUUACGGUACAUUGUCUUUUUUACAGUACAUAGCACUUCCACUCUCACAGUAACAGCUAGUAACAGAUUAUGGAAAAUCUUAUCAUUUAGCUUGAUGGUAUCUGCCAACUAAUUCUUGUUAAAUAAUUAGGAAGUGUAACACUUUUCCUGGAUGUUUUUAAAACAGUUUAUAUUGAGAGAACUGGCCAUUUCAUUUUUUUUUAUUUUGUGUUAUUUGAAAAAAUUGUGGAUUAGGUUGUGGGGUUUUGUUGAUUUAUGGCAUUUGGUGUAUGGUACAUUUUUGUUUCCUUUUUCCAAGAAAAAUAAAACUGUCACUGACCAUACUUUGUGUCAGGAUACUGUUUAUCACUUCUGCCUUGUUCACUACUAGUUGCUUUCUGUUGUGUUAUUGAAGAACUUGUAGCAAAAUGAUAAAAGAUGCUUGAGGGCUGAGAUAAUUUUAUAAUUACCAAAUCAUGUUGCUGUCCUUCAAGAUGUGUUCUGUAUUCUGUUGCUGCUGUUUGUAAGGUUGACAUUUAUAGAAUUUAAGGUAUGUAGUAAAACCCAUCCCAUGUGGCAACUAAAUACUUUUAAUGACUGUUGUCACAACUCUUUAGUCAGAUGUUGAGUAAACUGUAACAUUACCCACUACUGUUCAUGGAAAGAAUUUUCCUGUUGGAAUGUUGUGACAUUCUGUAAUGCAUCUUUAUUUAGGAAGUGCUUGAAAUGAUUUCUAGAUGUUUUUCUUUAUGGAUUCCAUCUAUGCAGAAGUUAAAGUUGGCACGCAAUUGAUGUUUGUAUUUGGA